GGCUUCCCGGGCGCGGGGAACGGCCCUGGGCUGGGCCGAGGCGGCGGCGGGCGGCGGCGCGGGUCACGGCGGCACCAUGGGGAAGCGGGAUAACCGUGUGGCUUAUAUGAAUCCCAUAGCUAUGGCCAGGGCACGAGGUCCUGCCCCAAAUUCAGGACCAACAAUACAAGACUACUUGAACAGGCCAAGACCAACAUGGGAAGAAGUGAAAGAGCAACUAGAAAAGAAAAAGAAAGGAUCCAGGGCUUUGGCUGAGUUUGAAGAAAAGAUGAAUGAGAAUUGGAGGAAAGAACUGGAAAAACACAGGGAGAAAUUAAUGGGUGGAAAUGAGAGCUCCUCCAAAAAAAAAGAGAAAAAGAAAAAGGAAAAGAAGAAAUCUAAUAGGUUCAUCUGAUUCAGAAGAUGAGGAUAAAAAGCAAGGGAAGAAAAGAAGGAAGAAGAAGUAUCGCUCCUCACGGAAAUCUUCAGCAAGCACAACUUCAGAAUCUGAGUCAGACAGCAAGGAUAGCACAAAAAAGAAGAGGUCAAAGGAAGACUGUGAAAAAGAGAAGGAAGGUAAAAAUCACCACAGGAAAAGGAAGAAAGCAGAUCGUGGUGAUGGACCUUUAUCGUCAGAAUCUGUAUCUGAAUCAGAUCAGACAGAGGAGGUGCAAGCAAAAAAGAAGAAAAGCAAUGAGGAAAAAGAGAAAACAG